CAAAACAUCAAUACUGAUACAAUUAUUAACAUAGGAUUUAGAAGCAUAGAUGGAUACUUUAUUAGUUGGAAGAGAGUGACAAGGCUCCAAUAACAUAUAUGGGAAGGAAGGGAGUUCUUUUUCAUUGGGGAAUUAAUUAAAGCUUACAGAGAAAAAUAACAAUAAUGGAGAUGACAAUGGCAAAAGUUGGGAGUUUUUGGAUAUCAAAGAAAGCAAAGCAAGAGAUCACCACCAUCACUGCUCAACUCUCAUCAUUCUCCAAUACUAUAGAGGACAAGGCAAAAAUGGUACUUGACAAGAUCAAAGGGAAGCCGCAGAAAUCACUGCCAGAGCUACUCCGAGAGCACAAUCUUCCGGCGGGAUUAUUCCCAAAGAACAUAAUCUGCUACGAAUUGGAUGAGUCGAAAGGGAAACUGGUGGUGCAUUUGGCGUCGGCGUGCGAGGUAAGCUUCAAGGACUCGUCAAUCGUAAGAUACGCUACUCGCGUAAAGGCGAAGCUGUCGAAAGGGAAAUUGAGUUCCAUUGAAGGAAUGAAGACCAAAAUCAUGGUGUGGACCAAAGUCACCACCGUCUCCGUCGAGAGUUAUAAGUCGGAGAAGGUUUGGUUUGUGGCCGGAAUCAAGAAAUCGCGACUCAAAGACGCAUAUGAAAUGCCUCGUCAAGCUCUUAGAGUUGACGAUUUCUAAGGUAAUCAUUUUUUGGGCUUACGAUUGUGGGCCUCGGUCCUCCACAAAGGCCCAUGAAUGAUUUUGUAUCACAUACUCACCAUCACUAUAAAUUAUGCAAUUAAUUUACAAAAAAAAAAAAACAAACAAACAAAUUUAUUUAUAUUGAAGAACUCUUCAUUUGGAAA